GGUAGGAUCUCCACCCAUAAAAGGCUUCUGGAGCCUGGACCCCAGGGACCCCAGGCAGCUAAAACGCAGCUGCCGCCACUGCCGCGUGCUCUGCCCACAGGUUUGCUGUGCCAGUGUUGCGUUGCUCUCCUGACCAGCCACAGACAUGACGGAGCGCCUGUCCGCUGAGCAGAUCAAGGAAUACAAGGGGGUCUUUGAGAUGUUUGAUGAGGAGGGCAACGGGGAGGUGAAGACCGGAGAGCUGGAGCGGCUCAUGAGCCUGUUGGGCAUCAACCCCACCAAGAGCGAACUGGCCUCCAUGGCCAAGGACGUGGACAGAGACAACAAAGGCUUCUUCAACUGUGAUGGUUUCUUGGCGCUGAUGGGGAUUUACCAUGAGAAGGCCCAGAACCAGGAGGGAGAGCUGAGGGCAGCGUUCCGGGUCUUCGAUAAGGAGAGCAAGGGCUACAUCGACUGGAACACACUCAAGUACGUGCUCAUGAAUGCAGGGGAGCCCCUCAACGAGGUGGAGGCUGAGCAGAUGAUGAAAGAGGCAGACAAGGACGGAGACGGGACCAUCGACUAUGAGGAGUUCGUGGCCAUGAUGACCGGAGAGUCCUUCAAGCUGGUUCAGUAAGAGCAGCUGCUGUGGCUCUAGGAGGCCUGCCCAGGAGGCCAUGGCCUGCCACUGCCUGCCCUGCCCCUCACUGUGUCAAAUAAAUGCUGCAAUCUGA